CCUACACAUCUGGAAUUUACACACAGUAGCUAGACUUACGCCUUUGAUGCUUUUUAACACAUAUUUUCCACAACAUAUUGAAUGUUUUUGGGCACGAUGAUGGAAACAAUGAGCAUUGCAGAAAGGGAAAUUGGAGAUCCCUCUUUCCUAGUCUCCUCCCUGCACCUGCUUGUUCCUCCCCUUCAACUCCUCUCUGCAGCCAUGUGGCAGGUGCUGCAGCAACAAGAUGUGUUGCAUUAUGGGAAACUGGAUGAGUUUGUGUCUCUGGUGAUGGAGACAUUCCCAGAGUUGCUGAGUGAGAGCCAGAGGACUGAGCUCACUCUGGGGCUGCAGUUGAGGCAGUUUGGCUCCAAAACUGACCCUGCUUUAGAUGUUCUGUUGUGGGAGUUCCUUUCCAGACUGGAUCAGCUGCUGCCAGUACCAGACCUCAAACAGACAGUGUCCUGGCUCAGUGCUGCCCCCUCUGUCCUGGAGGUCUGUGUGCAGUCUGUUUCUUACCUGGACCAGCUGAAGACCCUUCUCAGGCACCACAGAAGUCUUUUGAGCAUGAAUGCAACAGUUCCCUCCAUAGAUGAGUGCAAGCUGUCCCGCCACCCCUUUCAUAGAGUGGUGGAUUCUACCAAGUUGACAAGCACAACCAACCAAUCAGAAUGUGUAAAUGACUGCAUGAACUGUUUAAGCCCUGCCUCUUCGAGUGAAGACAUAAAGGUAGAGUUUGUGACAGACAGCUCAGAUUGCGCGGGGUUAGAGCCAAGGUCAAGAUUGUACAGGUGUGAGGACACAGAGGAGAGGACAGAAGGGGAGUCUGGAUAUUUGAGGAUCAGGGAGGAAAAAGACAUACUAACCAGCAUGAAGGAAGAGGAGGAAGCUGGGGAGAGUUUGAAUGUGAAAAUUGAGAAGGACGAGUGUGUGAGAGAAGAAGGACUCUGGAUAGAGGAAGAAAAAGAGACGGAUCAUGUUACCCAAACGGACAGAUUGGUGAAUAUUGAAGUAAAAUCAGAACAUGGACAACAGGAAGGGGAGGUGCUGUCUACUGUGGUCACUUCCUGUCUGAUAAAAGAGCCUAGAGUGCAGAUUCACCAACUAGAAAUUGGCCAUAGUUCAGUGCUUGGGUCAUCACCUCCUCGUACCGCCUGUACAAAAGGCCAGGGAGAGAGAUCUCAAUGCAGACUGUAUGACCUCUCACCACUGAGAGGAAACGGGCCAUUGAGACAGAAGGGCGAGGUCGUGACCCCAAAGAGGAAGACAAUUAGCCAGUUGGAGAGACCUCUGGAACUGCUGCCAUCUUCAUCAGAGAAUGGGAUCUGCGCAGAAGCCCCCUGGAACAAAUACGCAGAACAAGCUGUUGAGGUGUCACAGGUCUUUGCCUGCUCCCAGCGCCCAUUUGUUCCCACAGAGGAAGCAAAUCUUCGCCUGCAUAUUGAGGAAGUUCACCCAGAGGAGCUCGACUGGACUGCGGGGUCCCAACAACCUCCAAGCAGCACACAUCAGCCCCUCACACUGCCCAGCUCAACACAGUCCCACACGGGCACUCCAGGCACUGCAUGCUCCCAGUGUGGACUGAGCUUCAAAUCCAAAUCACUGCUGACGACACACAAGAAAAUACAUAAAAGGCCUUAUCAGUGCUCCCUGUGUGGGAAGAGUUUCCCCCUUUUAUGUCAUCUGAAGGUACAUAGGCAAACUCACACAGGUGAGCUACCGUACCACUGUUCUCAGUGUGGUAAAAGCUUCAGUCAGUCAAAUAAUUUGACGCGACACCAGAGAAUUCAUACAGGUGAGCGUCCGUACCACUGCUCCCAGUGUGGAAGGAGUUUCAGUCAGUUGGGUAAUUUGAAGCGACACCAACAAACUCAUACUGGGGAACGCCCGUACCAUUGCUCCCAGUGUGGGAGCAGUUUCACUGAUUUGAGUACCUUGAAGCGUCACCAGAGAAAUCACACAGGGGAACGCCCAUACCACUGCUCCCAGUGUGGGAAGAAUUUCACACGGCCACAUACUUUGAAGCAACACAAACAAGCUCAUACAGGGGAACGCCCGUACCAUUGCUCCCAGUGUGAGAAGAGUUUCACUCGUUCAGAGUACCUGAACGCACAUCAGCGAAAACACAGAAUAGAGCCCAUGCCUCUGCUCCCACUGUAGCAAAGGCAGCAUUGUAAUAUGUGUGCUAAGGUUUAUAAAUGUUCCUAUCAAAGGACUUCAAAUGCAAAUUAGCAAAUUUGCAAAAAGUAAAAUAUCUGAAGAGCUUACUGGAAUUGAAAAAUCUAAGUACAUUUUUACCUGCGAUCUAAAAACUACUUUGGUAGUUUAUUUUCAAAACACGUGUUUUUAAACUGGACAAAUGUCAGAUGCCUGGAAUCAAAGUAUUAUUGUACUGAAGGGUUAGCAUGUUUGUACCCAUAUUGGUAUUUUGCAGGUUAUAAAAAUGAUGCAUUCUGUCUUAUUCAGCAUUGUUAUUUUCCAAGGGCUGGAUGACUCAUUGUGAGUCAGACACUGAUAUAUCACAGCCUGGGGGAGUAUGCAACUGGAUUGUGUGAAACUUAUUUCUUUUAUUUGUAUUUUCUUUCUUAUGUUUAAUUCUGUUCUGUUUAUAUUGAUUUCAUGCUAAACAUUGUAUUGCCCUCUUGCACUUUGUUACAUUUCUUUUCAUAUUUUGAAUGCUUCUUUUUUCCCCUGUAUUUAUAUUAUUUUAAUUUAUGGUUAAGCAUUUUGUGUAUGAAAUGUGCUAUAUAAAUGAAGGAUGAUUGAUUGAUUA